AUGAAGCAAUUCAAAAAGCAGUACAUUGUGGGAUGUCGAGAACAAGGAAUUGAACCACACCCAACCAUUGUUAAUCUUCCUGACGAUGAUGAUUGUACUCAGACUUUAAAUUUGGGAGAAUUAACUCUUGGAACUAAGAAUGGUAUUGCUAUCGGACAAGCACUGCAUGGAAACCAAACAUUUACUUACAUCAAUCUAGCAGAAAGCUAUAUGGGCGACUCUGGCGUUGAUUCAGUGUGUCAAGGUUUAAUACAGUCUCGAGUGAUAGAAUCGAUUGAUCUCAGAGGUUCCAAUCUGUAUAGAUCAAGCGGAUUGGCACAACUCAUUAGCAAAACAUUCAGUCUAAGAGAAUUAAAAUGCUUUAAAACCAACAAAUCAAUCCAAACUUUGGAUCUUCGAAACAAUAAGAUUACUCCAGAAGGUGCCAAUGCUCUUGCAAAUGCAAUCAGAGUGAACAACUCCCUGCAGUCGGUUGACUUGAGAUGGAAUUACAUUGGUGUAAGAGGAGGCAAAUACAUUCUUGAAGCCCUUCACGAAAAUUAUAUGAUCACAGAUUUGAAGCUCACUGGUAACGAAGUUGACUUUAAAACGCUUCAAGAAAUUGAUAAAAUUACAAGAAGAAAUUAUGACAUGCAAAUAACCAAACAAAAGGAAACUGAGAUGUCCAGUAGGCUAAAAUCGGAGAUAUCCGAGAUGAGUAACAUUCAAAAUAGACGAAUUGAAACGUUACAAACACAAGUCAUCACACAACAAAAUACUUACUCGAGUCAAAUACGAGGUGCUCACGAACAAAUUUCUGAGCUGGAAAAACAAAAUAUUCGCUUAAUUUCGGACUUGAAAGAAACAAAGGAAAACGAACAACGCUACUAUAGUAAAAUGAAGGAAUUUGAAGAAAAGAUUUUGCUUUUGGAGCAGAAUUUGGCUCAUGAAACAAAGAGCCAUAUUGAAACUAAAAAGAAUUUAAGGGAAUCCACAGACGAAUUGCAAAAGUGCAAAGAGUUGAUCGAUGACUUACAAAAAGAAAAAAGUAGAAAUGAAGCAACGAUCAAAAAGCUCAAUGAACAGUUGACCGUAAAGGAGGAAUUGUUAGUGGGCACCAAUCAAAAACUCUACAGCGCCCAAAACGAUAAAAGCGAGUUGAAUGCUCAGCUUAUUGACACUCAUCGGCAAAUUGAAAUAUUGCAAAGCAGUUUGAGAUCCUUGACCUUAAUUGAGCAAGAAUACAGCAAAAUACGACAAAAGAUUUCAGAAAUGGAAGUGGAAAAGGAGAGAGCUCUCAUUGAUCUCAAGAGCAAGUGCGACGAAGACAAAAUUCACUCAGAGAAGCUCUUUAAUGAAAAGUUACAAUAUGAAAAGGAAAAGUUUAACCAACUGGGAGAAGAACAUGAACGACUGAAGAACAAAUGCAAGCAACUGGAAUCAAACCUCACAAAAGUAAAUGAGAAAAUUCAGCUCAUAGACAGGCAAUUAACAGAUACCACCAAUGAAUCAGAACAAAAAUCUCUUUUGAUUAAUCAAUUACAACUCAAACUAAAAGAUGCAGAUGAACAAACAGUUAAGAGCGCGGAGAAGCUUAAUCAACUCUCACUUAAUCACAAAAAGGAGCUAGAUACUUAUCAAUUUAAGCUGGACUCGAAGGAAACUCAAGUAACUCAAUUGGAAAAAGAAGUGAGGCAGCUGCAAUUGGAAGCAGUAAGGUUGAAGGAGCAGCAGGAUAAAAACUUGUAUACUAUUGAAUCUAGGAUUACUCAAGAACUUAAAUCGAUUAUCAAUGAGUUGAAACGAUAA